AUGGAAGACCCUAUGGCUCUGGCCGUACAGUACAAGAAUCAGCACCCCUCGGAAAGCUACCAAAGCGUAGCAGAUCGUUUCAAAGUUCCCAGGACCACCCUCAAUGACCGACAUCGUGCCAUCCAUCUCCCUCACCCUAUCAACGCCCCCCGACGUCUAUCAGUAGAGCAGGAGAAUCAAUUGGAGCUCGCCGAAUCCGUCUGUGAGGAGACACUGGGGUUGAAUUGGGUUGGACGCUUUGUUGAUCGACAUAAAGAGGUUCUUACCUCUCGAUUUUACACAUAUCAAGAGCUGGGACGGCUCAAAGCAGAUAAACCAGAGACCAGGCGAGCCUUCUACACACUAGUGAAAGAUGUGUAUGAUACCGGUCUAUACGCACCCUCCUGUAUUUUCAAUAUGGAUGAAGUCCCAUUCAGUCUCUCCUAUGAGAGGAAAGUGCGCAGGAUAGGACCCCGUGAUCAUCCUCGGAAUGGCCAGGCAAUUCCAGCAUCAAGUGAGCACAUCACUUCCAUUGCCUGUAUUGGUAUCGACUCGGCCCCUGUUCCCCCUGUCAUCAUCUACAAGGGAGCCUGUGUCCAACAGAACUGGACUUCAGUUUCAGAGAAAGACAUCCGACAGCUUGCGGUGACCACAGACUCAGGGUGGAUCAAUAGCUACAUCAUGGUCAAAUGGUUGGAAGACGUUUUCGAUCCCUACACCAGGGACAUUGCUCAAGGUCGACGUCGCCUGCUAUUCAUUGAUGGUGCAGAACCACACACCAAAGUCAACUUUCUAGAAGCCUGUUGGGCUCGCAACAUCGUCUGUAUCAUCUUUCCCUCCAACAUGACCGACAAAUUCCAGCCACUUGAUGUCGAUUUCUUCAAUAUCUUGAAAGCACAUUACUUCGAACGUCUCAGCAAGUACCAAUUUGGUGCAUCGGACUCAAGUGCAGCUAAGGGUAUGUUUUGGGGAUGGCAUCAGCAGGCCUGGCGAGAGACUGCGACAUCUCGACAGAUGAGGGGAGCAUGGAGGAAGGCAGGGUUGUGGCCAUUAGACCGGAAUGUGAUGGGUGCGCAGGAUGAAGGAGUUUUGAGGACUCCACCUCCCCGAGACCUGGCAGAAGAUCCUCUCACCCCUCACACUAUUCACAUCCUUCGAGCAAAUAAUUGUGGAAUGCGUCAUGGUGAAAUCAAUAAAGACAAGGCAAUUGAGAAACUGGAGAAGAAAUGUGAGCAGUUGAUGGCGGAGAUUGCUAUGUUGAAGCGGGAGCUUGCGGAUGUGUAUGCCGCCCAGGCAUUAGACAAAGCGACUAGGGGUAGUAAGAAGAAGCAAAGAUACCCUGAUGGAGGAUUCUUUGACCCUCUGUAUCAGGAAGAACAUGCAGAGGAGCUGGAGGCUAGGAAGAAUCAGGAGGAGGAGGCUAGGAAGAAAAAGCGGCAGCGCACGGGUCAUAAGACCAAUCUACGGGCACCAAAUCCCUCUCCUACUCCCACUCCUGGGCCGUCCAACUCUGUUUAA